AUGAUUCGUAAUAUGAGUGAAAGAAACCAUGGCUUUGCCAGAUUUGUCUCCAGGGCUCUUGGGGUUCGGCAAAUAAUGUCUAAUCGCGUGCUAGAAGCGUCAUCUGGGAAAAGCUUACAAGUUGCAGAAAAUUCCAAGUCUCGCCCAAGUCAAGCGUUGGACCAUCACGAUUUGCUCCCAAAAUUGGGAUUCGCAGAAGUAUACCGCGUACGAUCCAACAUCGGACUUUUGAUCCAAGAUUUUGCCAGAAAGCCUAUUCCGACGCUAACGUAUGAGUACCUGACGCAGUAUAAACCGCCUUUGACAAAUAACGAAAAAUAUGUGUUGGCGAUCAAGACCAUAAACCAGCUGCUUACGUAUACUUGUCGACGACUUGUGGCAGUGCAGAAAUUGCCUUACAUCGCGGUUUUGAACCCCAACAUUGAAGAAACCAAUCGUCUCUAUCUCAAGACUCUGGAGAGUCUUUUGUCCAUGGAUUAUCCCUACGGGCUUCACGAUCAGGCCUCGAUGCAAGGCAAACUGACCGAAUUUCUUGACGAUCAUCAAGACACAUUAUUGACGCUUUCAAAAGGGUUUCAGGAGAUAAUGGGGCUAUACCCGGAAAAGGAAGUCGUUUUUGAAUUUCUUAACGCACAUUUGAGGGAUCGCAUUAUUAUGAAGCUCUUAGCGACGCAUUAUUUGAAAUUGGUGUCACAGGUAGAUCCCGACAGUUUGAUGAUCGGCGUUCUGCACAAGAAGCUAAAGGUUUCUGAGCUUAUCCGUCGUGUGGCAGAAUUUGUUGGCGAUUUAUGUUUUGUAAAAUAUGACCAGCAGGUUCCAGUGAAUAUAUCGACGGGGAGCGACAUUGAGUUCUCUUGUAUACCGACAGAUCUGGAGUACGUUUUGACUGAACUCCUCAAGAACUCGUGCAGAGCCCACAUAGAGAAUAGUACAUCCGAAAAUCCUACCCAUGAGAAACCCAUCGAGGUCGCUAUUGUUCGAAGCGACGAUACUCUCGAAAUCCGAAUUCAAGAUUAUGGCGGCGGUAUACCACCAAAAGUCGAAGAUCGCAUGUUUGAUUACUCUUACAGUACUGUUGAGAUGGACGAAAAAGACACUGGGAUGUCUGCAUUUAUAAUUCCCGGUGCGGAAGUAUCGAAUGUUUCUGGAAUGGGGUUUGGAUUGCCAAUGUGCAAAGCAUAUUUAGAAAUGUUCGGUGGGACGUUGGACAUUCAAAGUCUAUGGGGAUGGGGUACCGAUGCUUAUGUUAAACUUAAGGGGCCGCAAUCAAAACUCUUACGCUAA